AUGGUUCGAUUUAUCUAUCCCGAGAUGCCUGACCCUCCGCCAAGGUUUAAUGAAAGUCUGACCGACUAUCUUCAGCAAAUGAAGAGUUUGUCCUUAGAAGCCCAGGACUCAGACGAUAAGCUCGUCAUUGCCCUCGACUUCGGCAAUACAUUUUCGGGUAUUGCGUAUUGCUUCCUUAACCAGCGCAAUGCCAAGAUUGUCAGUAUUUUGGACUGGCCAGGGGCCGAAGGAGAAUCGGUCCCAAAGAUCUCCACCCGUAUCUGCUAUGAUCCAGAGACUGAUGACUUCAAUUGGGGAGCGUUGGCUAACCGGAUGGAAAACACUAUUGUUGGUGUAAAACUUUUACUCGACCCCCAGCAAGAGCGACCACUGUAUCUCCCCGUAGGAGAUAUUGGGCAGGAAAUCAGCCAGCUCCCAAAACCGCCAGUGGAUAUCGCCGCCGACUUCAUUGGAGCUAUAUAUCAGCAUGCCCUAAGCGAGAUUGCAAAACAGGUUCCUGCAGAGUACAUGGACAUGUGUCAGAAGCAGUUUGUCUUAUCUGUGCCUGCCGUUUGGUCCGACACUGCGAAGUACGCUGCAGUGCAGGCUGCAAAGCGAGCUGGUCUAUAUCCAGUGACCUUGAUCAAAGAGCCCGAAGCAGCAGCCUUAUACACGAUGCAUUCACUCGGCUUUGCUAUGAAGGAGGGCGACGCAUUUAUUGUCUGCGAUGCCGGUGGUGGAACCGUGGACCGCAUCUCGUACGAAAUUGCAGCGCUAACGCCAAAUAUUCAACUCAAGGAGCUUGUUCCCGGUACAGGUGGCAUGGCUGGGUCCCUGGGGUUGAACCAACGCUUUGUGGAGGCCGUGAAGAACCUCGUCGGCGAGGAUCAGUUCCAAGAUUUGAAGAAAACGAAGGGGUUUUGGUUGGCAGAGAACGCAUUUGACAAAGAAGUCAAGAAAGCUUUUCGAGGCAGACCGAACGAGGAGUUUUUUAUCAACUUCCCAAUGGCAUCUCUAGACGACAACCUAGAUCUUGGUUUAGAGUCAAACACUUGGAGAAUAACCGGAAAGGAACUAAGCCAAAUCUAUGCACCACUAAUCACAGAUAUCCUGCGGCUGAUAGACGAUCAGAUCAAAUCUGUUCAACGCAAAAGGCCUGGUCAGCCGAUCAAGGGAAUUUUUCUUGUUGGUGGUUUUGGUGGCAGCCAAUACUUGAGGGCAUGUGUGGCAAGAAGGUACCUUGAUAUCCAAGUGCUACAGCCAAAUGAUGCUUGGAGCGCUAUCGCGAAGGGCGCCGUUCUGAGUCAGCUCGAGCGAGAGGCUACGGUCACUUCCACGUCGUUCACCAGGCACUACGGGGUAGAGGCUUGGGGCCUUAUUGAUCCCUUUGCAGACAUAGGCCAACCCAUUGCGAGCGGGCGCGAUGGCACGACUAGAAUGACGUGGUACAUCAAAAAAGGAGAUGACAUUGCUCGAGAUCAGAAAGUACGAUUCUCAUUCACCAGGGAGUUCGACAAGGGCUGCCCACCAACCAUCAUCAAGAAGAGCCUCGUUGAAUGCGCAGACACCCAAACGCUCUCAUACGAUCUUGUUGUGACAGUGAAAUCUGCUCUGAUGGAGUUUUCAAUGGAAAUUGAUGGAGUACAGAUAGGGACAGUCGAAGCCAGGUAUGGAACAGACAUGUGA